GCAAGUGUGGCCUCUUCCUCGUUUCGCCGCCGGGACACCGCGCAGGCCGCCGGCACCAUGAAGAUCUGGACCUCGGAACACGUCUUUGACCACCCAUGGGAAACCGUUACGACCGCUGCAAUGCAGAAGUACCCAAACCCAAUGAACCCAAGCGUGGUUGGAGUUGACGUACUGGACAGACACAUAGAUCCUUCUGGAAAGUUGCACAGCCAUAGACUUCUCAGCACCGAGUGGGGACUGCCUUCCAUUGUCAAGUCUCUUAUCGGUGCAGCAAGAACCAAAACAUAUGUGCAAGAACAUUCUGUAGUUGACCCUGUAGAGAAAACGAUGGAGCUUAAAUCCACUAACAUAUCCUUUACAAAUAUGGUUUCAGUAGAUGAGAGACUUAUAUACAAACCACAUCCUCAGGAUCCAGAAAGAACUGUUUUGACUCAAGAAGCCAUAAUCACCGUGAAAGGGGUCAGUCUCAGUAGUUAUCUCGAAGGACUGAUGGCAAGUACAAUAUCUUCAAAUGCUAAUAAAGGCCGAGAAGCAAUGGAGUGGGUCAUACAUAAAUUAAACGCUGAAAUUGAAGAAUUGACAGCUUCGGCAAGAGGGAGCAUAAGGACACCGAUGGCAGCGGCAGCACUUGUGGAGAAAUGAUGGAAAGUGGCGUGCAACACCCAGUACCCAGGUCUCUACCAGCGGGCAGUAUAUUUAUUUGUUAUUUAAAAAAAUACAACUAUAUUUUAGGUAGAAUUUUUUUUAAUAAGCUGAAGAAAGGCUGUGUGACUUUUGAUCAAAACAAAGAGGGAGGUACAGGGCUUCUAAAUAAAAGGGAUCAUCCAAAAUAAUUGGUGGUGUUUGAGAUGACUGAUUUUGAGGGUUCUAUUAUUUGUGAACAAUUAACAGUUUUUGCAAAGUACUUGGAAAUCGGUGUUAGCGUGUUAAGUCUCUUUAAGGUAGAAUUUUAAAGCUUUGCGUGCAUUGGAACUCUACCUGGCUUUGGACCAACUCCAGAACAAAGCAGAGCCACCUCUUAAACAUACACGAUUGCCCUGCUGCAGCAAACUUCAAGAGGGAACUCACUUUAAAAGGAGAAUUUGUAUAGUUUUGAAAGAGGUUAAUUUGUAUAAAAUAACUUGCUCCGCUGUAAACCACCAUUAAAACUCACAGUGUUUUAAUUUGGCACCUAAAUGACGUUUUCGGAAUGAAAAUUAUCACUAAUAUAUAACACCAACAAAAACUAUGAUUUUAUUGUAUUGAGAGCGCUCUCGAUUUGCCACAGUUUUGCAACUUCGUGAAGGUAUUCCCUUCCUUGCGUUUGUACUUUAUGACUUAGUAUGCUGUGUCGUGGGCUGGUUAACUGAAAAAAUAAAGUCAUUACCAGAAUUCUGCAGCACUCUAAACUUAAACAGAAGAACAGCUGUUCACAUCUUUUAGCAUUUCACAUUUGCCUAACUUAUAAAUUGCCAUGUGUCAAAAUCAUGGUUCUGUAAUUGCUAAAGCAUGAUAUGUCAGGUUAUUUGAAUAUAAUUACUUUUUGAAGUAAUUGUGACCACAAAACAUCUUUUUUACAUGAGGAGCUGUACAUCAUUUGAAAUUACUCAAAUGAUGCCUUGAUCUGAAGCAUAAAUCCCAGGUACUUAAUGUUUUUAAUAAUAACGUGCCACGUGGGGGUGGGGGCGUGAGGGAGAAGAAGAGUAAUAGGGAAGAAAAAAGCAUUGACCCCUGAACUAACCACUACCUGAAUUGCUUUGCAGCUUUUCUCCAUGGAAAUCCUCCUUGGGGGUGCCAAAGGGCAGCUGCACUCCGAAAAACAAUGGCAGUAAAUGCGUUUUGUUUCAUGUUCUGUGGCAGUCGGUUAUCAACCAGUAAAUAAUAUUUUGAUACUUGUUGCAUAUAGAGUAUUUUUGUUAAGAGGUGAUUAGCUCUUGCCUUUAUUUUACAAUACUUUAUGUGAUAAACUUCUAAUCAGAUUUCCUAUGAAGGAAACCAGAUGAUACAUGUAUAUAAACCACAGAAACAGUAUAACAAAUGAUUCGAAAAUUGUUUUUCAACUUAAAAUACUGUUUAGCUUAAGACUUCUUAGGGCAUUUGUAAAAGCAAGUUAAAACUCAAUGAGGUUUUUGAUUAUUUUUUUGUAACCAUAGUUUCUACUACAAUUGAAAUAACAUUUCAGCUAAACAAAACAUUGCUAGAUAUUGAUACUUAAUAAAAAGUUGCCUUAUAUAAUUUCUGUAAAGUAUACUUGCUCUGAAAGAGGUGUAAUGAAUGCCCUAAUGAUAAAGAUUUCUAAACAAAGUUUA